AUGGCAGGGAUGGCUGUCUCGAACAAAGACUACCCUCUGACAGGUGUAGUCAUCUGCUUUACCUCUGUACAAAUUGAGAAGAGAACUCCAUUGACUCAAAUGGCGGAACAAAUGGGCGCGAUGCACAGUAUCCAUCUUACUUCGGACGUAACCCACUUGCUUGUGGGUGACACAAAUAGCGAAAAGUACAAAUUCGUUGCAAGGGAACGGAAUGAUGUGGUGGCAAUGAACCCAGAAUGGAUCGAGGCCGUACGAUACUCAUGGACGCAGGGAGAGGACACAGACAUACAGGCUCUGGAGAAAAAAUUCAGACUGGCAACAUUGCAUGGCCUCAAAAUUUGCAUCACUGGGUUCUCGGACCUUCCUUUUCGAGCCUACAUGCAGAAGACAACCGAGGAGAACGGGGCCGAAUAUCGGAAAGACCUGACCAAAACUGUAACACAUCUAAUUGCGCGCAACUCGGACGGUGAAAAAUACAAAUUCGCGACACAAUGGAAUAUCAGAGUUGUUUCGGUAAAAUGGUUUACGGACAGCAUCGAGCGUGGAAUGAUCCUGGACGAGCAGAAAUAUCACCCGCUGGUGCCACCUGCCGAACAAGGUGUCGGGGCAUGGAAUCGAUCCUCACCGACAGAGAGGGAGCCUUCGCGAAGGGGCAGCACUACAAAAGAGAACUCUCUAAAUCCGCGACCUCGAAAACUACGCAGGAUUGCAAGUACCAAGCUGAUAGAUCAAAACGAAAGCAUAUGGGGGGAUAUCGUCGGAACAGGAUUCGAUAAUAACGAGACGACUGGACCCCAAAAGAACGCACAAGCACAAAAACCACCCGAAGCCUCGAAGCCUGUCAUACAGGCGUAUCAGUCAUUUGCCAGCGAGACUACAUUUUCUGAAAGCCAGACUCGUCUUCCACUACCAGCUGCUCCACCAAAAGACAAUGGAUUUUUACAUAUGACUUAUUUCUUCAUUAAUGGAUUCUCUUCCAAGCAGACUAAAGUUCUCCGUGAGCAUCUCACUUAUAACGGAGCUCAGUUGGUAGAGUCACUGAAUGAGUUCUCUAGCCCUAUUAUUCCCAAAACAGGACAUGGGCUGUUCAUCAUGGUGCCGUAUCAGACUCCCAGGUCAGCGAUUCCGUCAACAGAUGAAAUGGCCUUUGAAUGCGAGGUCGUGACAGAGAUGUGGCUGGAAAGAUGCAUUGAUGCUCGAGCUUUUGUUCCACCCGAGUCUCAUGUGGCGAGCACUCCAUUUCCCAAGUUCCCUAUACCAGGUGAGAUCCCAUCAAAUGCAAUAUUAAAACUUGCUCUAAUGACCUUAGGUUUUCCGGAAUUGCGGAUUUGUUCCACCGGUUUUGGACGUAUCGACCUUUUACACCUACGCAAACUGGUAGAGUUGAUGGGCGCCACAUAUGGUGAUUUCCUAACGCCAAAAGCAUCCGUUCUGAUUUGCAAUGAUCCCAAAACAGCCAGCGUGGACAAAUUGCGACAUACUGCCGAGUGGGGGGUUCCAGCAGUGUCUGCUGACUGGCUCUGGAUAUCUAUUCAAACUGGCCAAAAGAAGCCAUUUGAGCCAUACAUUGUCCGACGACAAUUACCACAAAAUGCUAGCAGCACAGAUAAACUAGGUUCUUUAUCUGCCAAGCGAAAGCAAUCUGACAGGCAUGUUGAUGAACGGAAACCGGAUUCCCCGUAUAACAUCUCCACCGAGUCCACGAAUGGUGGCAGGAGCGACAAGCGAAGUUUAGGGAACAUCAGUGCAAGUCGAACAAUACCCAUAGUCGGCGAUGGCUUUGAAGCCGAUGCACCAAAACCUUCUGUCCCGGAGUCUCGAUCUCCAACCCCGGCCAGGAUACCCGACAGACCGUCCCCAGAGGAACCGAGUACCAAACAGCCUACGCCAAGUACCGACUCGGCACCACCCACUGGCCCAUCCGCACUGGAUACCGCUCUGAGCGGGCUCCUACAGCAAGCCCGCGCUGCCAAGUCACGACAGCAAUCCGAGAGCACCACGACCAAUGAUGACGGAAAUCCACCCCGACGAAAGCGUAAGCCACUCCUCGGCCGCGCCCCAUCCCACUCUUCAGCCCGAAUGCUGGAAGGCCCGCGUCCCAUCUCACGCGCUAGCUCGAUUGACACACUUAACGACGACGGCCUCGGUAGUGCUUUGGAAAGCGCUCACCCGACUAGAGACAACUCCAUAUCCCGUAGCAACAGCCGUGCCGAACAGACUCUGUCAUCCAUGCUUAGUGGUGGAAAAUUUGAUUUCCUGAAUGAUAAACUCCCGCCCCAUACCGAGGAUGAAGAUGAGGAGAAUCAGGCACCGCAGAUGACGCAGCUGGAUUAUGAAGAUCCCGACGCGGCUGCCAUGAGGGCGGAGUUCCUGAGGGAUGCUGGGAAGUUGUCUGGUAAGACAAUGAAGACCGAUAGCUCGAGUUUGCUUGUUGGUGAAGUACGGGAGCUGGAGGAUAUUGGGUGGGGGUCUGGGCGGAGGACGAGGAAGCAGCCUGUUAAAGUGGACGAUCAAUGA